UCCCCUGGACUUCCACCUGUCUGACCUCUGUUCCUGUUUGCUCACGUCUGGGGCGUGUCUUUCUGAUGGCUGUUGUAUGGUCAGGUCUGCUGUAUGGCCACGUCUUGUCACGUGUGUACUUACACCUGGGUCCUGGUCACGUCUGAAAGAUGUUAUGUCUGGUUACAUCUGGUAUAGCAUUACAACCGGGGUCAUGUAGAGCUGGUCACGUGCGGGCUCAUCUGUGACCAAGGACAUUUGGGGCAUGUGAGGCCCAUCUAGCUGUCGUCUGAGAUGCUGUUUGACAUUGUCAUCUUCUCCUGCUGGUCACAUCUGGGCCAUGUUUGGAGCUUGUGUGAGGUCUGGGACUCACGGUCCCUACAUGAACUGUCUGAGACAGUAUUUGAGUCUUUUCCAAGGCAUGUGUUAUAGUAUGUUUGGGUCAUGCCUGAGGAACCAUCUGGGUCACAUGUGGGCUAUGUCUGGGACAUUAAAGUGACCGUAUUUAGCUUCUACCUGGAGCCUGUGUGUGGAGCAUACAUUUACGGCCGUGUUAGAGCAUCUGAUGUGCAUGUCAGAGCAUGCUGUCUCUUGUGGGGAAUUGUGAUGUGUUUUGUGACCAUGUGAGGACUUGUGAGCACAUGUCGGGGUCAUGCUCCAUGUCCCAGGUCCGUGUCAGAAGAUGACUUGUCAGAAGAUGUCAGAGAGUGCUGGGGCGGACAGGGCAUCCUAGGUCCUUGUGAAGGCAUUUUGCAGAGUGCUGAGCUAUGCUCAGGGGUUGCAGCACAUGUUGGAUCAUGCAGGAGGCAUGUCGAGGAGUGCUGGAGGCCUCACGUGACUCCUCCAUGCCAUGUUAGGCAGUGUCAUUGCUGUGCUGUACUUACUGCCUUAGCCUGGGCUGCUCUCCUCCACUCCUCCAUCCUCCCUUCUUCCUCUGCCCUCGGUUCCCUUCCUGCUAUGUGGGGCUUGGAGGUGGAGAAGUGCAAACCUCUGGCUGGGAGCCUCCCCCCACCCCCAAUGUCCCUCCUUUUCCUGACUCCAUGGCCCCUGAAUGUCCUCAUUUAUGUCAGCCGCCAUUGCACCAAAGGACAAGUUCUACAGCUUCCUGAAGCCCUGGCUGGGGGACGGGCUCCUGCUGAGCGCCGGUGACAAGUGGAGCCGCCACCGCCGGAUGCUGACGCCCGCCUUCCACUUCAACAUCCUGAAGCCCUACAUGAAGAUUUUCAAUGACAGCGUGAACAUCAUGCAGGUUUGGCCUCAGCUGGGACCCCUGGAUAUUCCUCUCUGUGAUUGUCUCCUUCCAGUAGGCACCCCAUGGUUCACAAUGCAGGCAGGUUUCCAGGCCAAGUGGCAGCGCCUGGCCUCGGAAGGCAGUGCCCGUCUGGACAUGUUUGAGCACAUCAGCCUCAUGACCCUGGACAGCCUGCAGAAAUGUGUCUUCAGCUUUGACAGCAAUUGUCAGGAGAAGUCCAGUGAAUAUAUCGCUGCCAUCUUGGAGCUCAGUGCCCUUGUGGUAAAAAGACACCAGCAUCUCCUCCUGCACUUGGACUUCCUGUAUUAUCUCACUCCCGAUGGACGGCGCUUCCGCAGGGCCUGCCGCCUGGUGCACGACUUCACAGACGCCGUCAUCCAGGAGCGGCGCCGCACCCUCCCUAGCCAGGGUGUUGAUGACGUCCUCCAAGCCAAGGCCAAUUCCAAGACUCUGGACUUCAUUGAUGUGCUCCUGCUGAGCAAGGAUGAAGAUGGGAAGGAGUUGUCUGAUGAAGACAUAAGAGCAGAAGCUGACACCUUCAUGUUUGAGGGCCAUGACACCACGGCCAGUGGUCUCUCCUGGCUACUCUACCACCUUGCAAAGCACCCAGAAUACCAGGAGCGCUGCAGGCAGGAGGUGCAAGAGCUUCUGAAGGACCGUGAGCCUAAAGAGAUUGAAUGGGAUGACCUGGCGCAGCUGCCCUUCCUGACCAUGUGCGUGAAGGAGAGCCUGCGGCUGCAUCCCCCAGUCCCUGCCGUCUCCCGCCACUGCACCCAAGACAUUGCUCUGCCAGACGGCCGGGUGAUCCCCAAAGGCGUUAUCUGCCUCAUCAGUGUUUUCGGAACCCAUCACAACCCAGCUGUGUGGCCGGACCCCGAGGCUGGCGGUCCUGGGAGACCCCACCCAGCAAGCCUCCUUGGUCUCACCUCCAGGUCUACGACCCCUUCCGCUUCGACCCGGAGAACAGCAAGGAGAGGUCACCUCUGGCUUUUAUUCCCUUCUCGGCAGGGCCCAGGAACUGCAUCGGGCAGGCAUUCGCGAUGGCGGAGAUGAAGGUGGUGCUGGCGCUCACGCUGCUGCGCUUCCGCGUCCUGCUGGACCACACCGAGCCCCUCAGGAAGCCGGAGCUGGUCAUGCGUGCGGAGGGCGGACUUUGGCUGCGUGUGGAGCCCCGGCGCUGAGGUCUGCAGAGACCUACUCUACCCCUCCUGAAAUGACCCCUGAUUCAUCAAAAGUGAGGCAUAGAAUUACCACAUGACUCUAUUCUGCUGUAAAGCUUUCCGUCCUAGAUAUAUACUCAAAAUAAUUGAGAAAGGUGUUCAAACAAAAAGACGCUUGUGCAUGAAUGUUCAUGGCAGCCCUAUUCCCAGUAGCCAAGCGAUGAAAGCAACCCCAAUGUAUAUAUUACCAGAUGAAAGCAUAAACAAAGUGUGGCCCAUCCAUACAAUGGAAUAUUACACAGCCAUAAAAAGGAAUGAAGCACAGAUCCAUACUCUGUGGUGAACCUUGAAUACAUGAUACUGAAUGAAAGACAUCGGAUGCAAAAGGUCACAUAGUGUAUGAUUCUUUUAUCUAAAAUUUCCAGAACAGGCCAAUGUGAAGAGAUGUAAAGCAGAUUGAUGGCUUUCAGGAGCUGUGGGGAGGUGGGACUGAGGAGGACCUGCUAAUCAGGACAGGAUUUCCUCCUGGGAUGGUAAAAAUUCUCCAGACCCAGAUAGUGACCAAAGGAGCAUGACAUUGUGAGUGCACUAAAUGCUAUUGAACUGGACACUUUGAAAUGGUUGAAAUGGUGAAUUUUAUCUUAUGUGAAUUCUACCUAAAAAUGGUGUAAUAACUCAUAUAUAUUUUUUCAUCUGGAUUAUUCACACAGGAAUAUGUUGUGAGCAUCUUUCCAUGACAUUAAAUCAUCUUAGGAAACAUUAUUUUGUGUUUUUUUUAAUGUGCAUGUUAAGCAUUCAAAUCAGUCUUAAAUUUUUAAAAAGACAUAAUGUUAGAAAAUAAUUUAAAAAGGUUUUGCCUCCGUGUGUAAGAAUUGUUUCCAUGCACAUUAAUGGCUUGAUAUAUUAUUAGUUACAAAUCGAGUUGUUCUUCAUCAAAGGACUUUUGGGGUGGAGAUUUUAUUUUUAUAGCUAUAAUAGAUGCACAAAUAUUCCUAUAAGAUACAGGUGUGGUUAGAGACUUUUCUAGAACAGGUAUGCCCUACAAACUCCACGGACACUGACUGUUUUGGUCCUAUUAACAAGUAGACCACUGAAAAGGGAGAAGGUGACAUUUUAGCUUCCCCAGGUAAAUGUUAUUUUCAUGUUCACACUCAUCUUAUGGAGUGGAAGUUAACUCUCUUGCUCAAGGUCACUCAGUGAGUGGCAGAGUGGGGAUAAAUCUGGUCCAUUUGGCAUGAGAGGUCAUGCCUUAUCCUACCACAGAAGUGAUUUUCAGAGUGAGUCUUAGCCCUAGGCCCAUGAGAUCAACUGGGAGCCACUCCAGAGUGAGUAGAUGAGACUUUGACAGGGGUGCCUAAAUUUUUAAAUGUAAUACCGUUGACAGGAAAUACAUUCACU